GCGUCUUAAAUUUAUAAAUAUUUUAAACUACAUAUGUAAAUAGUAUAAAGAUGGAAAAUAAUAAAAAAACUAAAGCUACUUGGUUACCAGCAGCGGAUGACGCCUUCGUUGAUUUGUGGGAGGAAAAAGCCAGCGAACUACGCGGUCCGCGAAAGAAUUAGCACAUUUAUGCGGAAAUGGUGCAGUCGCUGGCAGCUUUCGCGGCCGGAAUCCGCCCAAUUGAUGUGAAAUAUAAAAUACGUAAUUUUACUAUGAAAUAUAGAAAAUGCAAAGCAGGCCAAGGAACCGGUUGCUCUCCUGCUACUUGGAAGCAUUAUGAAAGAGUGCAUCGCAUUAUAGGAAACGACCGAAUAAAUAAUGUUGAUGCUGUCGUGGUGGAUAGUAUAACAGCUAUGCCGCCUACGUCGCCAAUUUCGCCUUCAUGCUCUUCACUUCCAGUUGAUUCGUCCCCUACAUUUUCGGCAUCAUCGUCUCCAGCCCUCAGCGAAGUCUCCACACCUGCAACAAAAACAAAAAAUCAGAAAAUAAGCGAGUUAAACGAAACCAUUAAAACAGCCAUGGCAGAAAACAAUAAAUUAACUGCAGAGCUGAUUGAAAUUGAGAAGAAAAAGGUAGCUGCAAUCGAGAUAUUGUCCCAAAGCGUCGUUAGCUUCUUGGAGCGAAACUAAUUAAAAAUCGCUGGUGCACUCAUAGUGUCUUCAUAUGUAUCAAGGUGUAUUUCAC